GCCGGCCCUUCUGAAUUCACAUUUUGUAGCCAAAUCAUUAUUGCACUUAUAUGCUCUUACUCGCCGACAUGAUAUAUAUCAAUCCGUUUUACCUUUUUGUAAUAGCCUUGAAGGUAUCAAAGUCGUCGGCACUCAUCUUCUUGGAGUGCACUGACGAAUCUGUAUCUACAAAUCUGGAAGACGCCAUUGACGAAGCCCUGACGGUGGCAGAGGCUGCCAAUAAAUAUCUCCUGGAUGGCUCAUACUCUGAAGAAGUAAAGGCCGGCUUGCUCCCGAUAUGGAGAGAACAGGACUUUGCGCCAAUCGCAAUCACCCUUGGACUCAUCGGGAAUAUAGAGACAGCGAAAGAACAUUAUCACAUAUUCUGCGACGAAGAUCAUCUGCAGUGGAACGAUGCCAGAAAUGCAUGGCUCGACACUGCGUUCACGUACACGUACACAGAUGAUGAUGGAUCGACAAAGGACUACCCAAUAAGCAUAAGCCGAGGCUACGAUCCAAAGUUGAACAAGAAUACCAAACCAUUCGACCUCGGCAGGUCCUGGGUCCUUGCUGGCAAAAAGGGUCAACUGAAUGGGAGAGAAAUAGACUUCAGCGACCAGUAUCAUGUGCACAUGAACCCAAAGAUUUUUAGCAAUGCGGACCCACGCUCAAUUCAAACGAUCGUCGCAGACGGCUUCCAAGCAGGCUUUGAUGCCCUCGACAAGAUACAACCCCCAAGCAUGGUUAUCCUACAUGAACUUUCACAUCUCGUGCGUGGACUCGAUGAGAACGGAAAUCUCAUUAUUACGGACGGGCCAGCUCAGCGCCAAUACUAUGGGUACGCAGCAGCGGUGCAGGCUAAAGUGGACGCUGGCAAUGGUGGGGGAGCCCCAAAUCUCAUUGCAAAUUCUAUCGAGUAUGGCACAAAAAUAAUGGCACUGGUCGAGGUAAUGGGUAGCAGUGUGUGGUGGAGUACCGGAAGAAUCGAUUUAAACACAUAUGAAGCUAUAGCCAGAGAUUGAGAAACUUCAACAGAAAUAGACAUCUCCAGAAGAUACGCGUGUAGCGUAGCCCAAUACCAGGAUGGGGCCCGGAUGCAUUGGACUUCAUAGCCAGAUCUAGAUAUAGUAAAAUCUAUAGCAAUUUGUUAGACAUGAAUUGGAGCUAUUUGGUCGU